CUGCUGUGAUUAAUGUUUUCAGCGCAAAAUGUUGGAAAUCAUUUACAAUAACAUUUUGCUGAGGAUAGCUGAAAAAGACGUCAACGAAUCAACGUUAUACGACUUUUUGGAAAGGAAAACUGGCCUUGCAGCGUCAGAUUACUAUCUCACCCGUAAUGGCAAACGGUUUGAUCCGCAGCGAAUCGAUCCCUCGGGAGCCGCUCUCCUGCGCAUGGUGGAACGACUUCCGGGCGGCAAGGGUGGAUUCGGUUCCAUGCUGCGAGCCAUUGGUGCCCAGAUCGAGAAAACCACAAAUCGGGAAGCCUGCCGAGAUCUGAGUGGUCGCCGUCUGCGGGACAUCAACGAGGAGAAACGUCUGAAAGCGUACCUGGACAAGCAGAAGGAAGCUCCGGAGGACGAGCGUGCCAAGUUGCAGAAGAAAAUCGAUAAACUGCUGGCCAAACCGAAGCACGAGUUCCAUGAUGAACAGUACAAUCGGAGUCGGAGUGAUUUGACGCAGAAUGUUGGCGAUGCGGUGCAGGAGGGCUUCCGGAAGGCCGCCGAGGUGGAGAAAGCAGCGGAGGGUGGACUGAAGAGGAAAGCCGUGGACGACGGCAAGAAGGGCAAAUUAGUCAAGAAGAAGGCGAAGGGAGCACUCUGGCUGGGAAGUGACGAUUUGGGUUCGUCUUCGGACGAUAGUAGCGAUUCUGACUCGGCUUGUUCGUCCGGUGAGGGAAAGUCCAGCGAAGACAGCGGAUCGAUGUCGUCCUCUCCAUCGUCGAAGCAAAUGGUGACCUCUGAGGAUGAGAAAAGCAAUCAAGAGAAGGAGAAGGCGGAAGCUGGUAAUUAGAGUAAACUGUGGAAUAAGAUAA